AUGGGAGGUUCUGCACAACCUAUUCUUCCUUCUCUCAACAAUCUUUAUACAAGAAAGAAAAGCACGAGAAAACAAGGAGUGUCUUAUGCAUCAUGGAUCAGAAGAAGGCACAUCAAGAUCAGUAAAAGAUCUAGAAGAACUCCGAUGAAGAGGAUCAGAAGGUUUUCGGGUUUGGAAGGUUCUAGAAGGCCAGGAAAUGGAGUGGAAAGCAAAGUGAAAACCCUGAAGAAACUUGUCCCAGGUUGUAAUGAUGCCAUUGGAUUAGAUGGGGUGUUCAGAGAAACAGCUGAUUAUAUAUUGGGAUUGGAAAUGAGGGUCAGAGUUAUGCAGGUUAUGGUUAAGGUAUUGUCAACUGGCGUUGAUGAUGAAAAUAAAAAGUAUUAG